UAACUUCACGUGUUAUUUGAAAGUUGACAAGUUAUCUAACCCCAAAAAAUCGAUCCAACUUUUCCACAGACUUCUUGAUUUCCAGGGCAAACAAUGCUCAAGUUCGGAGUUAAGGUUGGUGUGUGCGCCGGGGCUGGGUACUACUUGUCCCAGGAGGGAGUCUGGGGUGACAGCACUGAAUCCCUAAAGUUCUAUAACAAAAUCAAAGAGGCUUCGAAGCCCUACGUCAAGGACUUGACCACCCAGAUGAACAUUGAGAUUCCCGAUUUACCGAAUUCCGAUUGCAUCUCGUACGCAACGAAACAAUGCUGGAACGCAGGAGUCACGAAGACCUUCGAGUUUCUCAAGGAUCUACCAGAGCACACCUGCGAGUGGACAGACAAGGGCUGGAAGGCCGUGAACGGCAAUCCGGAAAUCAAGAAGUUCAUCGAUUCCUUCACUGCACCACCAGCACUUCCAGAGAAGAAGUAACAACGAAAAUUUGAAAACAUCUUCCUCUGCUGUCUUGUAUAUAACUUAAAUUAAUAUAUAUAUAUAAUAGUA